AUGAGCGAAGAAAAAAACGCAACAGCAAGUUCGCGAACACGGUACACAAAUCGUCGAGCGCAGGAGUUGUUAUUGAUCUGGCUUGAUGCCACCAUUGACGAGAUGAAAGACAAAAACUCAAUCAAAGUGAUUUCAAAAUUGAAAGAAGUUAUUAAUACUCUGCAUACGUUCACUGAUGAAAAUAAAUGCAUUAAAUUUAUUGAUACGAUCGAUGAAGGAAAAACUUUUCUCAUUAUUUCUGGUGCAUUGGGACAAACAACAGUACCUCUUAUUCAUGAUAAACCGCAAAUUGUUGCUAUUUACAUAUAUUGCGGGAAUAAAUCUCGACACGAACAGUGGACGCAGAAAUGGUCGAAAAUUGGAGGAGUUUUCACGGAAAUCAAACCGAUUUGUGCAGCAAUGAAAAAUGAAAUUCAUGAACAAAGCUCUCGUACUUCGACUAUUAACACAGAUUCCCAACUGCUAAACACAACGGUUCUAAAAGAUUCGCCACCAUCAAGUAGCGGGAUGAAGAUUGAAAGCCUUGAUCAACUCGAUCCAUCUUUCAUGUACACUAUGGUGUUAAAAGAAAUUCUUUUACAAAUCAAUUUUCAAACGAGUCAUCUCACGAAAUUUACCAAUUUAGCGCGUCAGCUGUACGCGGACAACACACAUGAGAUGAAAAUCAUUGACGAAUUAGAACGUCAUUACUAUCAGAGGACGCCUAUCUGGUGGUAUACUAAAGAAAGUUUUCUUUACCUGGUAAUUAACCGUGCGUUACGAACCAUGGAUGUCGACAUCAUUGUCAAAUCAGGUUUCUUCAUAUGCGAUCUUCAUAGAAAUAUUGCUAAACUUCAUUCGGAGCAAUGCAGUGAACAGCGUUUUUCACAAGAAUUUAUGGUUUAUCGAGGUCAAGGCUUGUCUGAAACGGACUUUGAUCGUUUGUUGAAAGCAAGAGAUGGCUUGAUGUCGUUUAACAACUUUUUAUCCACUCAACCGCAUAGAAACGUAUCUCUUCAAUUUGCUGAACAUGCCUCAAUGAAUCCAAAUAUGGUCGCUGUUCUAUUUAUAAUGCGUAUUGAUCCCUUAGUAUCAACAACCCCAUUCGCUGACGCUAGCAGCGUGAACAAUUUCCAAGAGGAGAAAGAAAUUCUGUUCUCGACAAAUGCUACAUUUCGAAUCCAAGAAUGCAAGCAAACCAGUAAGAUUGGAGGACGUUUAUGGGAAGUGAAUCUGUCACUUACAGAUGCCGCUGAUUCUGAUCUCCGCCAACUAGCAGAAUCGGUAAGACAGGAGACGUUCCCGGAUAAAGAUCCCUGGUAUCGAUUGGGUGAACUAUUGAUUAAAAUGAACGGCCUCGACACAGCAGAAGAUGUAUACGAAUCACUACUUGAUAAUAGUUGUGAACCAGCAAGUAUUUAUCGGCAGCUUUCUCGCAUCAAAGAUCAGCAAGCCGACUAUGCACAGGCAGUUAGAUUCUGUGAAAAAGGAAUUCAAGCUGUAGAAAAAACUCGCAAGCCCAAUCAUUCCGAUCAAGCUCUAUUUUACAAUGAACUUGGUAUCCUGAACAAAAAAAUAGGAGUAUACUCCGAUGCACUUGCGUUUCAUGAAAAAGCACUUCGCAUCGCACAGGAAACUUGUCCACCGAACCAUCCGGAUCUACCAACGACGUACAAUCAUAUUGGUUCCGUAUAUGAAAAGAUGGCAGCGUACUCGAAAGCUCUCUCUUCUCAUACGAAAGCGCUACAACUUCAAGAAAAGUAUCUUUCUUCAAAUGACUGUUCCUUUUCUACUACUUACGGAUAUAUUGGUUCUGUUUAUGAACAGAUGGGUGAAUAUUCUAAAGCACUCGAAUAUCAAGAACGAGCGCUUUCAAUUCAACAAAAAAGUCUCCCACCAAAGCAUCCUAGUUUGGCUACUUCUUGGAGCAAUAUUGGCUCUGUUCGUGAGAAGAUGGGCGAGUAUCCCAAAGCACUCGAAUAUCAUGAACGAGCACUUACAAUUCAACAAAAAGGUCUUCUUCCAAAUCAUCCUGAUAUAGCUGCUAGUUAUAAUAACAUCGGUUCAGUCUAUGAGGGUAUGAAGGAGUAUUCGAAGGCUCUUUCAUUUCAAGAAAGAGCGCGUGAACUUCAAGAACAAAGCCUUCCAUCAAAUCAUCCCAAUCUGNCAACUCGAUCCAUCUUUCAUGUACACUAUGGUGUUAAAAGAAAUUCUUUUACAAAUCAAUUUUCAAACGAGUCAUCUCACGAAAUUUACCAAUUUAGCGCGUCAGCUGUACGCGGACAACAUACAUGA